AUGACCCCUUCCAACGCCAACAUCAACAAGACUCCAACCCCAUCAGCCUCACCAUCCUUCUCUGCAGGCGAAUUCAAGGACAAGAUUAAAGAUCUGUUUCAGGACAAGGAUCAAAAAACGCCACCAAAACUACUUGGUCACAGCUCUGGACAGGAUUCGUCCAUGGAAGGAAUUGUCAGUAUCACCGCAGCCUCUAUGCCUGUAGAAAGUACGAACGGAUUCAAGAAGGCCCAGCAACCACAGCAACUCAAGGCUGAAAUUCUGUCUGCCAACAAAGAGACCGCUUAUCCAGACAGUGGACAACAGGGUCUCAACCACACUCAGAUCACCUCACCUAAAAAUGCCACGGUUGGAAACCACCUCGUGGCUGGUCAUGAUGAUCAGCACCUCACCCCGACCUCGCCUAGUAGGAUCAGCGAUAGAAGCAGUCAGAAGCCAGAACAGCGGAUUACUGAUGAGGAACUAGAGGAGGACGAGGACCAUGAGGAGGCAGACAUGGAACCGGAGGAAGAUGCCUACCGUAUUUCCGAUGACAAGUACAGGCGGCUCAAGCAGAAGCUGAGAGAGGUUUUGGAGGAAAAUGAGCAGAUGAGCCGGGACUUGAACAAGUCUCACAGGCGUGUCAGGAAUUUGCGGCGUGAAAAACACCUGCUGCUGGAUCGUUUAAACACGUUGGAGCAACAGGACUCGGAUUCUGGAUCGGACACCGUUUCCUCCCUCAGCAGCGACAGUGAUGUCUCCGACUCUUCAAUAACGGAUGAAAUCCAGCCAAGGCGACUAUUCUCUUCACAGACAGCAGGAAAGAUGAAUGGAGGCAAGAACGCCAGAGCGCCCUCAUCUACUGUGGCAACAGCAGCCACGACUCAACAUCCCAAGAAGGCGACAGGAAAGACUGCCAUAUCAGUAAAGGAGCCAAAGAUACCUGCAUCAACACCUUCGACUAUUACGAACGUGGGAUCAGCAACACAAAAGCCCAAGCGCAUCCAUCAAACCAACAAACAGAGGCCGGCAGUAGCCAAGGUCCGUAAAGUACAAGCGUUGGAAAGGGAUGAGGCUGGAAAUAUCAAAUUGCCGGUGACUGUAGGAAUCAUUACCAUCCAGAGUAUCGGCCACGUGGUCUACGAUCGCGAGGCGUUCCAUAAUGAUCGUUACAUUUGGCCCGUCGGAUAUAAGAUGUCGCGGUUGUAUAACAGCAUGAUCGACCCGCACAACCAGACGACGUAUACCUGCAGUGUCAUCGAUGAUGGAGAGGCACCAAAGUUCCAAAUCGACGCUGAAGACCAGCCAGGAAAGCCCAUUAUUGCCGGAACUGCCACUGGUGCCUGGACACACGUAGUUAAGGCCGCAAACGCCAUCCGGAAACGCGAUCACUCCAAUUCGGCAUCGGGACCCGACUAUUUUGGUUUCUCCAACGCAACCAUUGCGAAAAUGAUCCAAGACCUGCCAAACGCAGACAAGUGCGAGAGCUAUAUCAUGCAACGAUUCGAGGAGCCCUCUGCAGCAACAACAUCGUCCACAAAGACAGGAAGCCAGGAGAAGAGGAAGGCCUCUGCGCUUGGUCCGCCCUCCAAGUCAGGGGAUCAGGAAGAGGAAAAGGAACAAGGGGCGGGCGAAGAUGAUGGCGAUGAUGAUGUGGACGACGACGAAUAUGCAUCUUUGGGCACGCCAGGAAAGAAGAAAGUACGAGCAUCUUCGCCCCAAAUUCGACAUGCUGGGUUUGUGUUGCCGAGUGUAAAAUCCGAAGGUGAACAAGGGGUAAUGAGCGCCAGCAAUGGACCGCAUCCAGUCAUGGAUGAUGAUGCCAACGGAGACGAAACGCACUUUGAGACUGGACCUGAAGAUCGGGAAGGCUUGCACUCCAAAUCCGCAUCGGCACCACCCCACUUCGUUGCGAUGUCGGAGCAAAAUCAGCCGUUUAUUGCGAUGGCGGCCUCGGGUGACUCGGAGGUGAUUGAUAUCGAGGAUCAUGACUCGGAAGUGGAUGUUGGAAUGGACGAAGAUAUACCGACGUCGCAAGGACCGUCAUUUUUGGAACCCUCAACGGCUGCAGCUCAAGGAGAAGACGAUGGGAUGACUACGGAUGAGGAUGUGACUAUACAUCACUCUUAG